CCGCGUUGGUGUGUUGCAUAGCUGGACUUCCGGUCGGAAGAGGCGAGCAUAGCAUCGGCAACUCUUGUACCAAGCGAGGCGGCGAACGAUGCCGGAGCUGGUCGCAUAUCGUGGAGACGCGAGUCAGCGCGGUGCGGCUGUGGCGGCCAGGCACGUCCAUCAUCCCCGCAGCUACGCCGUAAGGUGGCAACAUUACUCUCGCGAGAGAGGUUUAGUUAGAGGUAGAGUUAGGCGCAAGGGGCAAUGCUACCGCUCGCGCGCCAACAACGCGCCGAGAGGGGAGGUUGUGUAGCGCUCUAGUAGCGUGUCAGCUAGCGAUGGAGGGGAUGAGCCGCCAGCGCUAGACUGAGCCAACCGCGACGCCUGGUGGGAGACGAGAGUCAUUCGUUCGAUGGUGGGGGAAUGACAAGGUAGAACGAGAGCGAGCGCUGCAGGCGAGACCGAGACAGAGAUAGAAGGCGGAGGGGGAGCGAGAGGCCGCCGAAAGCGCAUAGCGGCCCAUAAUUCGGUGCGCCGCCCCGCAAUCAGGUUCGUGCUUGAUGUUUCCAACCGCCUCGCUCGUCGCAGCCGGGAGAGAGAGACGGUAGUGCACGUUUUUACGUUUGCUCGUCAACUCCGUCGUCUAAGCACGGUCUCGGGUAUCGAAGCGCUCGGUGCUCGUUCGCGCCGUCACCUUUAUUCGUAUCUCGUUCUUCUCGGCUGCCUCGCGCGUCCCGUUGUUGUUUAUACUCCGGGCAGCUGGCCGACAGACACCCCGUUCGCGCGUUGCUACGUACGUUCAUACUCGCGGAACCGGAAGGGCAGCGGGUGUCACCGUGACGAAAAAGCACAGAAGUGUGAGGGAACAACCUGAAUCGGAGGAAGAAGACGCAGGAACGCGGUGGCUCUAUACGUUUAUCGCCGGCAGACUCGUGACAGGAUCGCGCGUCUGCCAGUCAGUCAACCAACCGACCAUUCAUUCGGUCGGUCGAUCAGUCAGUGCCGGGUUAUACACCACACACGUCCGCUAGUCACGAGUUCCUCGAUGGUAAAUAGCUCGAUCGUCUUAGCUUGGUUUCGUAAGUGAAGAGAGUACGAGAAUCUCGUGUUGUUACACGAUUUGUGAUCCUUCGACCAGGACUGUCGUUUGUUCCCCCGUGCUAAGCACCCAAGGAAAUGUGUUGCCACGGACACGGCCCCAGUGAUUGAUGAAUUCGUGAUACUUGCGUUGAAUUCUCGUAUCUUUUUUUUUUAUUUUUUUUUUUUUUGGUGAUUGUGCUGGUUCGCUAAUGUACCUCGUCGUCAUCGGUAAGACGGACUUCUCAACUGCUGUCUUGCGUCGAUCGUUAGAACAUCGUCUUCCUGCUUCGCUGAUUCGUCCACGUCGUCACGAGAGGAGAGAUCAAGGCGGCUGAGUAGGAGGAGGAAGGAGCGAGAGAGGUCAGAAGAAGAGGAGCAAACGAGUGGGAAGCAGAAAGGUCGAGAAGGGCAUGAUAAGCAAGGACACGCGUGUUCCACGAAAAUCAGCCGACCUGGUGGACGAUAGUCGACCGUUGGGUGUCCAAAGACUGAGAAAGUAUCGACAGACUAGUCGUCGCGUUUCUCGACAACGAAUGUCGGAAUGACGCGUUUAUCGAGUCGUGGCAGGGCAGAGGGUGCAAGGACUUCGUUAAACGGGAGAAAGUGAUACGCGUCGUAGUUUGUGCCGGAGAAGGAGGUGGAAGAGUACCAGGACGGCGAAGGGUGAGGCGAAACGAGGAAACGCCCUGGAGAUCGUUAUAUUUUUUGCGUACAAGAACCGAUCGGGGGCUCAUUGUCUCAGCAUUCUCCGACAGCGGCGGAUAACGUCCUCUCGUCGGUAUCGCGAUGUCAUUACUAUGAGUUCCACCGUGUCGGUAGACUCGAAAUUUCCUUACACCUGAAUAGGGUACCAAGACCAUUCGACACACCAAUCCACGUUCUACGACGCGUGGAAGGAAUCUGGUCAACGACAACACACCAGUGGACCAAGAACAAACAGAAGAGGACCGGGAAUUACGAUCGGCAGCCAGUCAUUGAUCCAACGACGAGAACAAGGCUACCAAAGAAUUUUCUAUUCGAAUACCAUUGGCGGGAAGAGGUGAACCAAUCGAAAGAAACCAGUAAUUCGGUGGAGUGAUAACGAGGUGACCUCGAGAAAAUCCUUGAUCACGUGCGACUCGCUGCGCGAGUUUGACCAAAGCAGUUGCGCGAGGACGCGGUCCAGGCUGUGUUGAAUAGGGGUUGAUAGGGAUAGAGGGGUGCGUGGUGAAACGGGACGAGAGGGUGAAGUGAAGGUGUCCUCGUGGGGUGCCAGAGUGAGCACGAUAGCACCUCUGGUGCCCUCGGCCGUGGGUCCCGAGGGGACGGACGCCAUGGCGGCCUCUUCGUCCUCGUCGAGCGGCGAGCAACAGUACUCACUCAGGUGGAACGACUUCCACUCGAGCAUCCUCAGUUCAUUUCGUCAUCUGAGGGACGAGGAGGAUUUCGUGGACGUGACACUGGCAUGCGACAGUAGCAGCUUUACCGCGCACAAGGUCGUCCUCUCUGCGUGCAGUCCCUACUUCCGGAGGCUUCUCAAGGCCAACCCAUGCCAGCACCCGAUCGUUAUCCUGAGGGACGUCGCCUCGUCGGAUAUGGAGUCCUUGCUGCGUUUCAUGUACCACGGCGAGGUCCACGUAGGCCAGGAGCAGCUGGCCGCUUUCUUGAAGACGGCGCAGAUGCUUCAGGUUCGAGGGUUGGCGGAUGUCAACAGCGCUGCCACCGCCAAGAUCCCACCUCCGUCGUCCUCGGGCGGCUACAACGGUAGCGCACCGGCGACGCCGCGCAAUCCUUGGCAAGACAACGGCAGGGGAGACUUGAACGAGAGCGGUUUAAGUCCGCCGCCAGAGAAGAGACCUAGAAGCAACACUCCAACGCUUGGUAAUCACGUCGAACCGAAAACGGACCUUCAGGACUCGCUUCUGGGGCAAGCUCUGGAAGGAGGACCCACGUUGCACACGACACCCACCAACAACGUACAGGCGCAGUCUACCGGUGAAGACUCGAAUUCCAUGUCGGACAACGAGGAGGAUAUGUCGAACAACGACAGCAUUUUGAACUCCGUCAAGACCGAGCCGAGCGAUAUCUUGAACGACUCCAUGGAACAUCAUCGUAACUCGUUUCCUGCGGCGCUUUUGGGACUACCAGGACUGAUACCAGGACCGUCCGGAAUCCACGCGGCGAAUCAGGAUCCAAAUUACGUCGCCCGGCGCGGUUUGGACAUGACGCGGGUUCGCGCCACAGAUCCACGACCCUGCCCGAAAUGCGGCAAGAUCUAUCGAUCUGCCCACACGUUGCGCACCCACCUGGAAGAUAAGCACACGAUCUGUCCAGGGUAUCGAUGCGUGUUAUGCGGGACCGUGGCCAAGUCGAGGAAUUCUUUGCACUCCCACAUGUCACGACAGCAUCGGGGCAUAAGCACCAAGGACCUGCCGGUGCUCCCGAUGCCCAGCCCGUUCGAUCCUGAUCUGGCCUCGCGUCUACUGGCCAAGGCGGGCGUCAAGGUGAGUCCUGCGGAAUUGCGUGCACGUGCUAGCCCCACGGGACCCAGAAGAGGGGACAUGAGGCUGGAGAUACCGCGGGGUGGGGCUCCGUCCGAGGCAGGCAGCAGCAUUUGUGGCGGCGACGACCCCGAGGACCUGACGCUGCCCCUGAGCUUGAGGUACGGCUCGCCGACGCCCAACAACAACACUGUGAUCACCAAAGUCAGUGGCAGCAACAGUAGUAGCAGCGCAAAGAACUCGACGGCGACCGCGAUAGCAGCCAAAUCCCUGGACACGAUGCACGGCAGUCGCGAGCCGAACAUGGCGCCUCUGCAUCCACCCGGUCACCUUCAUCCGAGCCAUCACAACACCAGCGCUACGGGAUCAGCGAUCCUGGACACUUACCUGCAGUUCAUCGCGGAGAACUCUGGCCUGGCGACGAUGGGACUGAGCCCCGAACAAGCUGCAGCCGUCGCGGCCGCGCAUGCCGCCAAAAUGGCUCACAUGAGUGGAAUGGACAAGCUAGGUCGCGGCAUGGAAGACUAUCCGAUGAUCGGGAGAGACGAGGGCCGAGGAUUGGGCGUAGUGCAUGACGAGCGUCAGGACCUGAUGCAGGAUAGGCACGGCGUGCUUAUGGACGAUGGCGAGUCGUCGGGGGGCGAGGACGACGACUUCAGCGAGAACGAGGAACCGGAGAUCGUUAAGGCUGAAUAGGUAGCGCCCAUACGCGGGGGAACCUGUGACCUGUUCGUGACACGUGACCCGAUUAGGAAGUGCUUAAGGGGACCGUGCGCCUUGGAUUUAACAGAACCGGCCACGGUCUUCGUUCACAGUCAAAUCCAUCCACUACCUCAGUAAAGACUUACCCCUGUUUUCUUUUGUUGCGAGAGAUACAAUUUCCAAAGAAGAAGGAAGAAGACGACAACGACGCAGCACGAUACACCGAUCCCACCCCGUUCUCCAAACGUAGUUUUGAUCAGAGAAACUUAAUCAUCCCUCCUUCGUGAAACGCGCACGAAACGAACGGUUGUUUUGUUGUCCACGUCAGCGCGACGUAUAUACAUUUAACACCUCGUUAAUAAUAUUCCAUCUGUCUACCUCAGUGAACACGAUAAACGAUAAGUGAUAAGGGCAGACCAAGACGAAUCUCAUGGACGAAGAAAAGAAGAAGACGACGCGAGCAGGUCGCGAGACGGCCAGCGAAAAGUAUCGCUGUGUCGUUCACGGUUUUACGGAAUUUAUAUUGGUCAAAGCAGGCGACGCUUCACAGGGCGUACUCGCAUGGAAAGAAAAAAUAGAGAGAGAGGGUAGGGUGAGCGAGAAGCCAGGUGACGCCAGGGCAACUCUUUUAUUCUUUUCAUUUUCUAAAGGUUUAAAGAACGGUGCCCGUCGCGAGCACGCGACGCCCGAGAAGAUAUUAUAUUAUAUUAUAUUAUUAUUAUUAUUAAUAUUAUUAUUAAUAUUAUUAUUAUUAUUAUUAUUAUGAUAUAUGAAUGUUGAGGAAAAAAAUAUAUUGUCUAGAUUUAUAGUGAAGUUAGCGUACCACGAAAUGUACGUACACAUGCGAAGGAAAUCAUACAGACACACACGUACACACACAUUAGGUAACAAGUAGAGAGGGUACGUAUAGCGUUAGGAUUAGCACCCCAUAUUUUUUAGAAACGCGUGCAUUUCGAAAACAGACACAUGGCAUUACGUACACGAUACACUUUAAUACCACAUUCUUGAAUAAAUACGUACAGACACGUACGUUCGUACACGAGAAUACGGAAAAAGAUAGUAAGUUAUGACGAUAUGUGGAGAUCCCGUGCAAAAGUAUGCGCGGUCGUGUCUCAACGAUUAGUGGCGACGCUUGGAGCGCGACGAUUAUCGCGAUUGUUAAUUGCCUACUCGUUUUAUCGUAGGAAAUGAGACGGAAAGGAUGCAAACGGAACAAACUUUGGAUAGCGCACCGUGUCGAUCAGCGAACAAGAGAAAUUCGUUGGUUGAGAUGAAGGUUUAUUAUAUUCAGUAGUGGAUAGUAUUUCGCUAAAACGUGAAAUGUGAACAAAUAGUAGUUUUUUAAAAUCUUAAAUUAUCAUAUUUAAUAUUGAAUUUUGAGAAAUAUUAACUCCAGAAUAAUUUUUCCAUUAACCCCUUCAAACAUAAUUUAUUUUCAAAUUAAUAUAUUUUAAAGUGUGCUUAAUCUAUAAAUUUAGCUAUACGUAAUGCACAUAUGUACCUACAUAAGUUUUUACGCGCUUUUUGGACACUGAUAACAAAAUUAACUUACGUUUGAAUAAUACUUAGCCUAGUUUAUACUAUUUUCUAAUUUCUCCCUUGUUUUUAGUUUUGAUUAUAAUUAUACAUCUAUAUGGCAAUAUACACAAGACUUUGCUACAACUUAUUAUAUGUAAUAAAAAUAUUGAUAUGAAGUUUUAGAUGACAGAAAAGCUGUAUCAUAUCGUAUAUUAAUACUAUCUUUGGAGUUCGAUCAUGUUAAUACAAAAUCUAUCACAAUUUAUACUCAAAGCAAAAUAUUGUGGAUUUGACACGAUAAAGACAAUUGCAAUAGAUAACAUCAUCUUACGAUUCCAUAACAAUUUUAAUUUACUUGCUGCCGAAUAAAGAAAAUAUAUCGUCUCAUGUUCUGAGCUACGCGUUGUAUAUACGAGAACGUAGUUUAAUAACAAAAUACUGACUUACGCGAAACUAUCUUUGUUUGCUGCUCGAGACGGUGCUUUAUGCUAUCCUGAUAACGGAAUAGGCGGAGUAGCGCGCGAACUGCGACAAACUCUCGAAUCGAAGAAUCAAAAAAUCGAAUGUCGUCUGACAGACUGACGGUAUCCCAUUUAGAGUUCCUCCUUGAUCUUCUAUUCGAUCGUACUCAUCGUGCGAUCGACGCUUGAAUCCCCAGGGCUUGCCAUGACUUUAUAGUACUUAAGCUCUCAACAUCGACCCUCGAGACGACACGAUUACCUUUAGACACGGCAUCUUCGUAGCCGAUUAAUUGCUCUAUCUUCUCAUUCGUCCAACUUGCGUAGAUUAGCGCAAACCAUAGAUUAGCGGAAGAUAAAUUUCUUUUUUUGAGGAAACGAAAGAGUUACGGAAACGUUUCGCGAGAAAGAACAAUGAAGAUACAAUCGACCGAGAAUCUCGAUCAGUUUUCCCACGUUUCUUUUACAGUUUUCUGAUGCCAUUGGUCGAAGUCCUUCCGCAUUCUUGAACGUGUCAUUAAUUUUUACUCAUUUCAAUCAACGAUCCCCAGUCCCCCGUUAGCAUUACUUUGAAGUACACUAUACAUUUUUUAUCUUUUUCUAAUUUUUUUUAUAUCAGUCGACGAACGAAACGUGAUCGGUCUUGCCAUAUCUCCAGUUCAUCCAAGCGACGAUAAUAAGGAUGACGAAGAGAUCGAGUAGAUCGCAGCUGCGCGCGCGAUUUCGCGUUCAGGCUCGAGGAUAAAUCUUCAAAAUGGUUCCUACUAAUAAUACAUACACGAGCUACUUUGAUUCGCGAUAUACCUUCGUAGCCUAUACAUAUGGAGAAUACAUAUUAUAUAUAUAUACAUAAACACGUUAGACAUGUCUAGGGAAAAGAGAACAUUAGCAAUACCGUAGUGGCGCGGUUCUAAACGAAGGAUCAUUCGGUUUCAUUCGAUUUUAUUUUACGUGUUUUCUCGUUCUUUGCGUGCAUGGGGAAUGACAUCGAGAAAAUGAAAGAACCAUUAUGGCUGACGACUUAACGAGUUUCAGGUUUAGACUAUUACCUAGAUAAGUAGGUUGUACACAAUACUCGGAGUAUACUUAACCCCCGUAGACUGUAAGAGCAUUUUAUCGUUGAACGCAGGGAAGUCUUGGUGACUGCGUAUCACCGACCAGACGCGACGAUAUCUCAACUCUUGCGAGAAUACUUAUAUCGUGCGCAACGACGAUACGUCCAAUUAAAAAAAAAAAGAAAAGAAAGAAAAAGAAAAAAAAAAGGAGUAAAGAAAGGUAGAAUUCGGGAAAUCAAAAGGAUCAGUCGACCGUGAAUCUUGUGGCGAGGUUUGAGAAACUUUUGAACAAGCCGCGUCGAACGCCAAUUUUCGGGAUGUUUCUGCAAUAUUUUGUUGGCGACCUGGGACGUACCACAGGACGGAAAGGAAUUCUUAUCCAAGACAAUAAUAACACGAACGUAUCGGAAGCAAACGGAUGGUGGACGUGUCAAAAUUACGGCGAAGAUUGGCGUAAUUGUUCGACGUAGACUCGGAAACGUAACGUGCGGGAUUUUCGAAUUUUUUAAACUUUAUAUUGUACAUAUACGAUGGUGUUUGUAUACGAUUGGAACAUUUGUAUACGAAUCGAAGACGGAGGCUUUGCAAACGGACUUGGCGACGAGAGUUCUCGACAACCGAAAUAUGUUUGCGACUCCAGUUCUCCGAAAUUUGUAAUUUUAAUACUUGUUGCUGUCAGAGAAAUGAAAUCAUCGCGCGUUCAACUCGCUACGGGAUCCACGAUCUGGCUGAAUUCGUCGCGAAGUUACUGGGAAGCUUCGUAGAUAGACGUUUUUAUCGUGGAAGAGAAUGCGGGAAUGAUCGAUCGAGACGCGAGUCCAUGGUCUAAUCGGUACAAAAGGAACCACUUCUUGCCUUGAAGCUCUCUAUAUGUUACGGAUCAGGCGUGUCCCGAAACGAACGUAAGGGUAAAGAAGAUGCAAAAAAAAAAGGAGAAAUUCAUUGAAACAAAAAAAAAAUCUUUCAGAGUACAAAUUUAUCCGCGGUGUUUGCCGAGGAGGAGAAUCUAAAAUAAAAGAGAAACGCGAAACGAUCGAUAAGAGGAUACGAUCGAGGGAGGAAAGCUAAAAACUUAUCCGAACGCUGGACGAAGGGAGGAAAUCGAAAAUCGAAUCGUUUUUUCUCGUGCCAUUUUGUUCAAGAAUUUAGUCGAACCGGAAACUUGAAUCCUUUCGUUUCCCUUUCUUUGCCGCGUUUCGUUUUGUGACGCGGAUGAGAAAAACAUUAUCUUAAACGGAAGACGAGUGCACGGAAAGUGUUCCCUCGCUUCAUAAACCACCAUGACGAUCGUCAACGUUGACGGAAUACAACAGUGAUCUCGUCGAUAGACUUUCUUCGUCUUUGUUUUGUUUCGUUUUUAUUUUUAUUUUUUUUUUUUUUUUUAAACUAUAAAUAGGAGCGACGAUUUUAUCGAUUGUCGCGUGAUACGCGUAUAAUACACACGUACAUACAUACACACGUUUACACUAGCAAAUCCAAACAGACUCGUUGAAUUCUAGAAAGGGACACAGACACACAUGCGCGCACGUAUACACUGACACAUGUACACACACGUUAAGAGAGCAUAUAAUAACAGGGUUGGCGGGGUACGUUCGCUUCCCCUACGGAGAAGAGACAACCAGAUAUAUUCACGCCCUCCCUCCUACAAAUCAUAGUUUUCUACGACAGUAUUUAUAUAGUUAUAUAUAUAUGUAUACAGACAGAAGCAUAUAUGUGUAUACCGAUUGUACAUAUACAUAUAAAUAUUUUUACACAGAGCCCCCGUGAGAGAAACCCCGCCACCCUCUGCCGGGUGUUGCAACCCCAAACGUUAAAGUAAUAGUCCGUUGAACAUAGUUCGCAAUAGUCACUUGGAAUGAUACCACCAACUACAGUAUUGCAAUAGUUGUUAGAGAGACAAUCGUGUUGCGUGAAAACCUCCCUUUCGCGACGAUCUCGACCGUUCUUCCGCCCAUGCUUGAACGUUUGGUCCUUGAAACCGAACAAAGAACACAGACUUCGAACCGAACAAAUAAAUUUAUACGUUAUUCCUAACUCAAGUACCGAAAAAAAUUACCGAGAGACUCUUCAGACUUUCGUCGAGGACCAAACGUUCGACGAACACGAGGUAAGAAAGUUGUUAAAGAGGAGAAAAGUAUAUGGUCAACAUAGCUAACGCAUGGCAGUCUUGAGGUAAACGUAAUCCACGAUUAUGAUUACCGAGUGAACAGUAAUCGUGAUUAAUAAUUAUCGAAUAAUCGAACACGAUUAGCUUUGAGAGAUUACAUAUUACCAAUUCACGAUUGCAGAUUGCAAGUGCAUUGCGCACAUUAAUUCGGUGCCUUUGAGUUUGUAUCGUAAUUACUAAUCAAAUUUGAAUGUUUUCCCGAGCUUUUGUGGAUUCAAAGCGUUAUCGAUUAUGAUUACAUCAGCCCACGGGAUGGAAGUAUCAAUGGCGAUCUAUCAAACGAACUGGGUAACGCGAAGGUUCUAGUGGCAUUAUUCCUUCUGGACAAUUUUUACGGUGCACUUCGUGCUCUUUGCAUUUCACACUGAAAAAAGUCUCGGUGAAGAUACCGUGACUUAAAAAAUUUAAAAUACUAUUUCAGAACUUCGUAAUACUGCUUUUAAUUUCAAUAAUCGGGAACCAACCUCGAAGAUGAAAAUCAUCAUCAACCAUGAAGAGUACUUUCACGAAUUUAGUCUCCGUACAUUUGUUAUAAAUACAUAAUUACUUCGUUGGCAAAGGCGCCGAAUUAAUUUAUGCUUCUUAUAGUUUGCGAUACACAGUUAAUCUGACAAUUCUUAGGCGAUUAUUACGAAAGUAAUUACAAAGUAAUUACCCAACGCAUGGUGGAACGCGACGACACCGGGAAACAAGGAAUGGCAGCUCUCGGUAUCGACAAUAAUAAACGCUGAGCGCGACCAAAUCUCGUAAAGGUCGAAUCGACCCCAGCGCCUUCGCGACGCUUUACGGUGAUUAUAAAGGCGGAUUAACGACGCCGUAAACGCGGUAAGCCUUUCACGAAUUGUCUGCCAGCCAGCAUCCCGAAGGUUCGCUUCGUAACCGGAGGGGGGAAUGCAAAUAAGCACCCUGGCCGAGGAGGGAAAUAGUCCUGACUUAACGAAACUCUCUCGCCUAAAAUAAAAAGGUUUGUCUCGAAGAGAACAGAGUAUACCGUGAGCAGACUAGGAAGAGGCAGACUUUCGUUACAGAAAAAAGGAUCAUCGAGAGCUGCCGUAACGCCAGACGCGACGUGAAAAGAUUUCCAAGAACUUUUAUAGAAAGAACUUGCCCUCACAAUUGUUUCGUCGCAUUCUGUCAUCGUCUCUUCUUCCAGACGGUAGCGACUGCGAUGCGUUAGCGUAACAAAUGGGCAAAAUUUGAUUCGAAUAAUAGAGAAGAAAUAAAAACCAACGCUUAUUCGAUCAAACAGUAUUUGUACUUGUUCGUUGUAAAACUUUUCGUUUUAUAAAUCAAAUUCAAAUUCUUGUUCAACGAGUAACGAAUAAACGGUUGUUCAUUCUCUAUUCGUUGUUCUAUGUCUUUAUUCGAAUAAGAAUUUUGCCCAUCUCCGGUUAGCCUGAGAGACACGCAGGAUACCACAUGGAUCCAGAUGGUGCGCGAGGAACGCUCGUGCGUGACGUCGCGGAAGGGAGCGAGAUGCCGUCUCAGGUUCAUCGUAAACCGGCACGAUUUAAUAACGCAUUAUGUAAAUGUAAUAACAAACUCAGGAAAUCUGAAGCAGCCAGGCCGUGAUACUAUACUUAUAGAAACUACUACUACUACUACUACUACUACUACUACUACCGCUACUAUUAACUACUUACGACAGGUGUGAUUCUUGCGUUAAUUGGACGCACGGGCGACGAUCAGCGCGCCAGCGUCUAUUCUGUUUUGUUUCGUUUGUUUGUUUGUUUCUUGUUUGUUACGAGAUUUUACACUGGCAAGUGGCAAGGCGUGUACACCACCGUAUCCGUACAUCAAAGCGUGCCAGACGAAAUUUAUUCGAGUCGUUCGGCGCGAAGGAAAUACUUCUUUUGCAUAGAGUACCCAGCUAUGUAUCGUGAUAUUUUCAAAUGAGUUUGCUAGGUCAUAAUGAACGAAAAAAGUCCUAUUCGCUGUUGGCGUUAUUUUAAUCCUUAUAACAAACACGUUGCGUUUUGUCUUGAUGUGAAAUGUAUGAUGGUGCCUGUCCUGAGUCGGCGCAAUCUCCAGUGACUGUUCAGGGCCACUGUCUUCACCAUACCGCUCACCUAUACUCAAACCCAACGCAUGUUUUUUUCGACCGAAACUCGAUAAAUGUAUUCUCGUACUGUACGUGGCAUAUUCGUUCAUAAUAACUUUGAAAAUAUAUUGGAUUAGUUGGUCGAUAAUCUUACAGGUUGUUCAAAAAAUGUGGGAUUUCUUUCUUUUGUGAUCAGUUCAUCAUGCUGAUAUAAACGAGGAAGUUCUUUUCCUUUUUGCAAUCCGAAGUUUCGUUAUCGCGCUAUCCAGCUGACCAGGAUACAAAAUGGCGCGUGUCAGAAGUCACAUGACCAAACUUUGAACUCUUUCUAUCUAGAAAACGAAAUUUCAAAUUACAAAAUGGCAAAAGACGUUUCAAUUUCUUUUUUUACACGAGGAAUCCACAUUGAUAAAACACUCCUAUGCUAUAUGACAGGAAUGCAUCAAACAGUUCAAGACUUUCAUCUGCUUCUUCGGAAUUAUACGUCUCUCUUCGAUGUUGUAGGAUUUAAGGUUUUCGUAGCACUGAACGGCUCGAACGAGUAUCACGCGUUACGGUCAAAGAUAACAAAAAAAAAAAGGGAAAAGAGAAAUGAUUGUGAAAAUCACCACAGCUACCUCCAUGUUAUUAAAUAUCAGUCUUCUUCUCGCGCUAUACUCACGCUCAUAUUACCUAAAGCAUAUGUUAUUUUACAAUAUUCGGACGAGCAAUCUGCCGAAUCCACGUCUCCGUAGCGAGUAUAUAUUAUAUAUAAUUGUGUAUACACAAUAUUUACACAUAGUCAGAGCGCGAGGUAAUAUAGCUUCCACGGAUUAUAGGUUUAAGAAUUUGCCUCUUUGCGCGAAACAGUCGAGCUAGCGCGAAACACAUUAAACACGUAAGAUCGAAAGAACGAAGAAGAAACGACAAAGAUAAAAGAGCAAUGGAUGAAGUCCGCAGAGAAGAGAGUCGAGCCUCUUGGUGGUCCUUCGACUGAAAUUUUAACGAAAACGUAAACUGCUCGAAACAAUUGGAGAUUUCCGGACAGUUCCGCUCGACUGAAAUACAGAAUAUUUAGUACAGAAAUAUUUUUAUUAUAUUCUAAGCAUGUAUCGCAAUUUUCUUGGUCACCGAGAGCGUCGGUAAAUAAACGAAACAAUAAUUCACGUAGGCAACGUAAGUUUAAUUGUGUUACCGCUUUUUGCUUUCGCAAACAAAAUUAACGUCGUAUUACGAGGUAAUAAUUCUCUAACGAAGAGGAGUCGCAUCGAGGACUGCGAAACAUUAGAAGAAAAUUAUUCCCAAGAAAAUCGUGAUGCGUUUUUCGAACUCUACAGAGCAAGCACCAAAUAGCACAUACAUAUAUUUUUACUGAAUAUUUAUCUUCGUAAUUAUAGUACAGACGACCAACAGCACUGGUCGUCCCGUGUGGCAAGAAAUUGCCGAGUCGAAGUAGAAUCAACUGGUCGCUCGAGGCCAUCGACAAGUUAUCCCUUCCAUGGCACAGUUGGGGCUAUCCCCACUGCUCUAACUGUUUCGGGCGGUACACGAACUCGAAGAAGAGGCGCACGACUCGAUAACUACGCCGUAAAGAACAAAAUACAAUGGAGCUACCUCACUUUAACGAUAGAUUUACGAGAGCUGGUUAUUUGUAUAGCUGUACGUAUCCCGCGUUGAAUUGUCUCGACAAAAGUGGAGAAACCCUCAUUCACUGCCAAGCUGAGCGCGGGCUCGACUGUUCCGCGAGCGACAGUGCUGAAUUCCAAAAUCACAAUGCAAUACGUUGUACUUACAGUCGUUUUUACGCGUUGACUCGUCGAUAUAAUACCGGUUAAUGAUUUUACUGCUGCAUUGAGAGUGAGAGAGACGCAAAUCGAAAGAGAAACGAUUAUUUCGCGUGAUUGUGUGCGGAUGACGUCGCGUGAAAGGGGAAUGAAGCGAAUGUUUAGAUUUUAAAAAACGGUUAGAAUUAGCGAGCGCAUGAAAGAUAAUCGAAUAAACGAUCGGAUGGCCUCCUAACUAUACGCAUAUAUUAUAUAUUAUAUAUAUAUUAUAUAUAUAUAAUAUAUAUAUAUUAUUAGAAAGUGAGAAAAAGAGAAAAAAUAUAAAAUAUACCUAUCUACGUGAUAUUUUACAGAGAACAUAAUCAGGGACGCGACGUAACCUAUAUAUAUAUAUUAUUAUAUAUAUAGAGUCUUUCUAGUGAUAGAAACCAUAACUCCUAACUUAUUUUGUAACUCAUGUCGGAUCUGAGAAACACGAUCGCGUGGCGAAACCAAUGAGCGUGCAAUCUCGACGUACGGCGUGGCUAAUGGUAUUUUAAAAAGAAAAGAAGGAUAUUUAGAACGGUAUCGUUUCUAUGAAAUUGUAAGAUUAGAAUGAAUCGCACGGAGGAAAUGCGAGAUGAAAUUGCACAGGAAAUAUACGACGAAAAUCGGGUCUUCUUCGCUUGGCGACAUAUUGGUUUCGAGUUGACCGCGCAAAGAACGAUUUUCAUCGCGAUCGUCGUCGAUUUUUAACGAAUGAUUUUACUCUUUCACAGAAGAAAAGAUGGAUUUCCUUUUGUAAUCGUAUCAAUCGUGGAUUCCUCCGAGCGAUUGUAAUGUUUCUCGCUAAACUUCGACUCGUUGGCACAUCGGGUACGGUGUUGGGCAAAAUUAUAGUAAUAGGUAAUCGGUAAUUGCUAUUAAUGAAUGAUCAAACACGAUGUGGUAGUCGUAAUUACAAAUUAUUGAUUUAUAUUUAUAGAAUACAAUUAUUGUUUACGAUUACUGGUUACAAAUGCAUGUUAUAAUUACUGAUUACAAAUUAAUAUACGAUUAUCGAUUAAUGUAACAAUUGCAAGUGGUUACUACAAAAGUAAUUACAUGGUAAUCACUACUCAACUGUGAAUGUGUUAGACAAAAUAUAAUCCAUGAUUGCGAAUAACGAGUAAUUGAUAAUUAUGAUUAACGAAAAAUCAUCAUAGAAAAGAAUCUUCGAUCAUAAUUAACGAAUAAUCGAACAGGAUUAGCUCCAAAUAUUCUAAAAUUAUCGAUUAAUGUUGUAUAUCAUAAAUGUAAUCGCAGAAUGAUUACUACUCGACUCUGAAAGUUUUCGACACAAUAUAAUUUAUGAUUGUUAUUACCAAGUAAUCAGUAAUUAUAACUGAUGAAUUAUCAGUACUCGCGAUUAACAAGUGAUGAAACAUGAGUAAGCCUCGAAUGAUUACAAAUUACUGAUUUAUUAUUAUAUACUACAGAUGUAGUGAUCAAAUCAGAUGUAGUAAUCAAACGUAUGUGCGCGACUAUUGCAAAGUUAAUCACAGAGUAAUUACGAAAGUAAUCACGAAGUAAUCACUGCCCAACUCUAAGCAAGCGAAACAGACGCCGUCUGUCUGCGAAACGUAUUAUCGAUCUGCUUGUUAUAUCGUUAUCGGCACCUUCCUACCAGGGCCAUUCAUCCAUUAUCGUAUCGCUAGCCGACGACGUAGUUUGCAUAUUGAUCGCGGAGAGCAGAUGUGUCCCGAGUGCCGUUUUUGGUCAAACGAGAGAGUUUUGACGUCGUUCGCGAGAAAACAACGAAACGAGAACUACCGAAAAAAGAAACGAUCGAGAAAGAGAUACACCACGUCAUCGAGACACAGCCACCUCGUUCUUUACUUUUACGGUUAAACUAUCAUUUAAGGUGCUUCAAAUAUUGUUACGUUACGUUUUUCCUUUUCUUUUUUAUUACCGUCAUUUAUAAUAAUUAAUGUUAUUAUUAUCAUUAUCAUUUCAUUAUUAAUUAGCUUCGCUAGAUCGCGUUAGAAGGAUGUACGUCUGUCUCCUGGCAGGAAUUCGAGGACUACACGAGCGUUUACGUUUUCAUUACGUGGAAUUGUAACAAAAAAAAAAGAAAAAAAUAAGAAUCGUGUGCACAUAGUAUUCGAACCGAACAAGAGAGUGAUUUUCAACCUGGAAUUUAUUUUAUUUUAUUUCAUUUCUGCGUGUUUUUCUUCUUUUCUUUUUUUAAAAAUUGAUUCUUGGAAAAAACGUUUCUCGCCAACGAGACAGAGGCAGACUUCGGGUCUUGCUGUACGUGAACGAGCCAGUAAGUCAGGUAUAUGUCCUGCCUUUUCUUCUUAAAUUCUUACGUUUCUCGCCAUCUUCCCAUUCUCUCUUUUAUUUUGUAAAUACCAUAAAGUCUAUUUAUCUAUUAUUACAUCCGUUUGCGGCUCACGAGUUCUGUUUUCAUUUUUCUUUUUCUUCUUCUUCACCUUAUUCUUUUUUGUAAUCUUGUCGUUCUAUUCUUUCUGCUCCCUUCGCACGUACUAUGUUACUACUUACGUUCUUUACAUUUUUUUUCUUUUUGCCAUUUUUAGCAUGUAAGCCAUCCAACUUGCCAAUACGAUUACAAUAAAUAUGUUUGGAAAGAAGAGACAAGUGAGAUGCGUUUUCGUUUUUACGCCCAUUUAUUUCAGUUUCUUCUAUUCUCGCUCGUUCAGUUCGAACGUAAGUAUUUCUGUGGUGUUUCUUUUGGCGAUUUGCGAGGCGCGGUGACGUUGGUCUCUUCGUGGCGUCCUGUUGGAGUUUUGUCAACGGAACUCGAUCCACGGUGUGGUUAAAAUGAUACGCACAAGAACAGAGAUGGAUAGAAUGUUAUUAUGAUAGUAGAAAACUAAUAAAAAUUAUAUCGAACGAUUUAUUCGCAACGUUCAUUCGAUUUGAUGGUUAUUCGUAUAACUCAAAGUGCAGUUUUAGUUGAACAAAUAAUAAAUCAAACUUUGUUUAUCUUUUAUUCGUUAUUGAAAAUUUCUUAUCUGUAUGAGAAUUUUACUCAUCUCUGCUCGAAAACACUAAGCCGAGUGAAAAAUAUUCCAGAAACGUGGAUUAAAACAUCAACCCUGUCGAGUGAAAUGCGAUCGAAAUGAAAUCAGUUUAUUCAAGGAUGAAGAAUUUUUCUAGAACUUUCCAAUUCUCAUUUCGGUUGCUUCUUCAAGCGAGAUCGGUUCGAAAGACACGCUGUAUGUCGAAUUGCCGUCUUCAUCACAAGGAAACCGGGCCAAGGUAUCCACCGAACUGCAAUCGACGUUUCGGUCAAAGUACAAAAUUAUCCGUAACUAGAUUAAUAUUACGCUACAAUUUGGGCGAAGUUCAUGAUCCGAAAGUUUCUAAAGUCCAGAGCAGCGGUCGAUUCGAAAGAUGGCGAAGCUUCGAACAGGGCUGGGACUUGGAAUUGAAUUUUUGAAAAAAUAAACAAAAUGCUUAUAAUUUAGGCGGUUCUUUAAUUAAAUUCAUUUACUUCAAGGAAAAAGAAAGUGAAAUACAAAUGAAGAACAACAAAAUAUCAGUCCAUUCGUGAAAUAACAAAUGUAUGGGGUUAUAUUUUAUCUUUUUUAUUUUGGUUUCUAUAAAUAUGACUUUUCUUUCUACUUGUUCUUUUUUUAGUGUAAAGAUUUCAUCGAACUAUAGAAUAAAAUAAUAGAUACUCAUUAGUCAUCAUUAAAGGUGAUAUUUAAAAACUGUCCAAUUACAAAAAGUUCAACGAUACACAUCUAUCUGCCAUCAAAGAUUUACUGCUCUUUUUAAUAUGAAUGUUCUUUGUAUAUACAAAUAAAGAGAAUUCACUGUUUUAGUACUGACAAAUGCUUGGACAAAUAUGUACACAGCAUGCAUUUUUACGUUUGACAGUUUUUAUUUUUGAAAAUAUUAUUUUGGACAAAUUAUUUCGGAAACAGCACAGAAGCUAUAUCGUGUAAAAUAAAUAACGUCUAAAUGGGGGAUUAGGUGUACUAUACAACUGUGUCUGCAUUCUAGUAUACAUGUAUCUCUACGAGCUUUCAUAUACGUUACUUUUCCAAUAAUAGCGUACCUAGUUUUAGUUUAACACGAGCAAUCAGCCGAUUAACCCUUUGAGUGGUAGAAUACAUUUUUUCCCAGUGUGAAGUCUGUCAAGUAAAUAUACAAGGCGACGUUAAAUUAUAAUUAUAAUUCGUUCACUUCGAAUUAAACAAUAUUCGAACAUUAAUUAUUUGAUCAAAUACAUUAAAAUGUAUAACAUAUCUUACCUUAAAAAUAAAUGAAUCUGAAUAUUUGAACUUGAUAAAUAUAAGACAUAUGCGUCCAUAGCACUUGAGGGGUUAAUUUUUUCCGCUGACAUUAAUCGAAUAGUCCCAGCCCUCGUCUCGGGCUACCGAGACGAACCAAAAAGAAGAAACCGUACGAUGGAAGAGAAGGAUUUCGAAGAAUAUGUUGAAGCGAUUCACGCGUAGCGGCCGAUGGUCGCGACGAACGUAGCCAAUGCGUUUUAUCGUCGUUUAUUAUUUAUCGAGGUUGCCCGCGUCCAGGGAAUAAUGGACGUGGCAGGAAAUUGCCUCUAAUGCGUUCGAGAGCGUGAAACCGCGCCGCGGUGCCACGUAUUUAAGGAAGAGAAACAGGCCUGGAAGGGUGGUAAACUGCUUGUACAGUAAGGAGCAAAACUGAAUCAGUCACGAAAAUUUAUUUGGAACGUACUUCUUAUCAUUACCAUAAUUCAUCACAAAAAAAAAUAACUUUGACGAUCCUUUUGCUUCAGUCUUAGAAAUCUUAAAGAACUUGUUACUUUACUAGCAAUUAUAUGUUUUAAGUUAGCUAAGCAAAAUUCAAAUUCAAAGAAUCAGUUUUAUACUAUUGACAAUUUUGUGUACUAAUACCUGAAAGUUAUAUUAUACUUUUAUAUUUUGUCCAUAAUCCUUUGAAUUUAAGAACAGUUUUAAAUGUUGCCUCUUAACUUAUUUUAUAUAGACAUUUUUCGCAUUUUUUAAACUUUGUUUUUUAUAGUAAAAGUAGAUCAUAUUUUUUCAUGUUGUAAAAUAGCAUACUCUCAACUAGUUUUGUGUAGAACUCUUGCGCAUUCAUUCAAUUUUCUCUAUUAGAGCCAAGGUGGAACAUAUUCCUUUAUGUUAUAAAGUAGAGAUAUAAUGAAAUAACUAUCAUCAACGUUGAUUUUCCUCUGUUAUGAGUUAUUUCAAUAAUGGAAAAUAUUUGUCUGAAAAUUCUGUGCGUUUCGUUCAAUUUUUGCUUCUUACUGUAUAUGCGAAGGAGUUUGCUCCGGCCAGAUUUCUUGCAUAACAUUAAUGUUAAACCACGCCCGAUAUAUGUGCGUCCAGUUGAUCACGAGAUUAACCGUGACGACCGUGUAGGAUAGGAAAGCGAUCGUAAAAUCGAAAAUACUCUCGCGCAACGAUGUAAAUUACACGCUGCCUCUUUUUAUCGCAGGUUCGUUCGACACCAUGUUACCACCGUCCUUACGCGAAAUGCACAAAAUGUAUUGGCUUGCAGCUGGGAUUAUUACCGAACUAUGAGACAUUCAAAUUUAUGAUCGGAUAAUAGCAUACUUUUCCGGCGUUGUUCACUUUAUAUUUGAAAGAAAACAAAGAAGAUAAUAAGAGUAGAAUUGAAAAUCCAAUAGAAACAAACGAUUCUGUUACAAGUUUACAAGCCCAGUUUUAGCAUUCUUUUCUUGUAUUUUCAGUUAUGUCUUAAAAUUAUGAAAAAACAGACUGUAAUAAUUCAUUGUAUAUUUUUACAUCAUAAAAGUAUUGGCGUAUUAACACUAGUUUAUAUAGAAAUUUAUAAUGUAUUAUGAUAUAAAUUUUUUUAGAUAUUAUUUUUUUUAUCUUAUGCGUCAUAUUAAGAAUAGAGCAAAAGAAAUUAAGCAAAUCUUAUUUCAUCGAUAGGAAAUUUAUCUAUGGAAAGACAUAGGUACGUUAAAAAAAUGUUUGUUUUCUAGAAUAGGAUUGUUUGAUCUGAAUACUUGAUAUAAAAUAUACAUAGAACCAAUAUUAGUUUCGAAAUUGAAGAAUAAAGUCAUGAAAUUUCAUGCAAUUUAUUGUUUCUCAUUAAUAAAAAAAAUACUAGACACACAGAUGUCUACUAUUGAAUGUGGUAUCAAAAUCACAAAUUCGAACUAAAAAUAAAUCCUAAUCCCAGACUGAUAGAAAAAUAAUGUCUUUCUUUUAUUUAUUCUUCUACCACAAUUUUAUGUAAUUGUCGAGUAUGCCAGUAAUCUUGUGAUUUUUCCGUAUUUAAUUCUGAAUGUUCGCGAUAUUCGCGCGGUGUUUAAUCGAUUGAAAAUAAUAACGUUCAUAGGAGAGGAUCGUUUAAAGCGCAGCUAGCCGGCGAGAUCCGCGAAUUUCAGGUUCGUAUCGGGGAUCCUGAAGAGAAAAGCUCGGCUUUAAUACGGAUGCGCGCGACGUUUCCAUCGAUUCGACGCCGCGUAUUUCACAGCGCGGCGCGACCGACCGUUUCCUCCGUGGAAACGAAUCGUCCUGAAUCGUCGUCGCGACGCCUCGCGGAAAGAUAAACCUCUCCGCGGCAACUAGGGAGACGAUUUUCCCACGAAACGACGUUUCGCGUUUCCCGAAAAGCCUCGUUAACUAAUGGACGAAAUUCUCAUCUAGAUAAAAAUUUCGAGUGAUGAAUAAAAAAUAAAUAAAUAGCCAUUGGAACAUUCACUAGUAUAUGAAAACAUGUGCGAACUAAAUGUAGUCCUUAGAAUUGAAGACCGAGAAUGUUACUCCCUCAGGUUUUCAAUUUUUCGGCAAUAUUUAGAAGAUUAAUGAAACAUAAUUAACCAAAUAUUUGCAAUUUUUAUUAAUAGUAUGCACUGUUACAUAACAUUUUUGAAAGUAGCAGGUGGACGUUCAAUUAUUAUUCGGUUAUGUAUUAUAAUUGACGGUAAAAGUUAUAGCAAAAACAUUGUGGAUAACUGAGUUAUUAUAACCCCUUCAAACUUGGUGUUCAUUGCAAUGUGCAUUAAUUUUCAGAUUAAAGAAAAAAUAAUUAAGAAGUUCACCAUUGUUAAUAAUUGUUUCUACCUGUACAGUAAAUUUGAACAAAAAUAUACAUCAUGGCUGAGACCAGUCACGCUAUCACAGAUUAGUAUUAUGCAUUUGACCAUAUUAAUUUGUAUUAGUGGUAUCAAAACACGCAAUGAUACGUAAAAGGGCCAGAAGACAUUUAAAAAUUGAAUUACAACAGUUUAUUUUCUACUGGACUAUUAUUUUACAUUUUUUUGGACGGUUGGAAUUGUUCACAAAAAUGUACAGAUCACAAUUGGUAUCAAUUAAUCUAGAGAAUUUUUGUUUCAAUAAAUAUCUUAUUUUUCAUUCAGUUAAUAUAUAUUCGUUAAAAAUAAUAUUUUUUCUUUUUCGAAAAAGGUCAGAUUUGAAGGGGUUAAAAAAAAGUUAGACCUACAUAUGUGAGUUAAAUUGAGUUGCUUGGUAAUUCUAGUGGUAAUUAUGUUUUAUUAAUAUUGUGGACAUCACCGUAGAAGGCUGAAUAAUUAAUUGAAACCAUCCUACUUUGUCUGUAUAAUCUAAAAAUUCAUAUGUAAUUUUUUAUAUUUGUGAUGGUUAAAAUAUGGUUUCAUUAAUACAACGCAAAAGAGCAUCGCAAAUAAUGAAUAGAACACAAUGUAAUAAUAUAUUCGUGUUUAGUUGAUUGGCCAGUUAUGAAGACUUUAUUUCUUCCACAAGAGAUAGAAUAUUAUUCUGCGAUUGAAAUUCUACUUUUUAUUUAACCAGUAAUGAAAGAAAAAGGUUGUUUACAUUUUAUUCCUUAUUCGAGACGUCAUCUAGAUACGAAUUUUACCCAUCCCCGUCGGGUCGUGGACCUUUCUCCACACGGUCGUCCUCGAGGAUUUAGGAGCUCGUGCGUUACGUUGCUCGGUGCCUUCUUGCGGCCUGUUUGUACGCAAAUUGCACCACAAAUUCGUCCAUACGCUUACUUCAAAAGGUUCUCGGUGCUAACCUUUUUGUUUCAGACAUUAAAUACUUGAAUUUUUAUUUGUGAAAAUUCGAAAUUUUCAAGGAUCAAAAGUUUGUCUAAAAUAGUUUUUCGUAGUCAAACUGAAAUAAAGUAUGAAGGAACCUGAAAUAUUGCCGAGGGAAAGCUUUGUAAAAUCCAUCUGGCGUUUGAUGCGUUAAUAUUUAAGCCCAUACCUCGAGCCACUUCUGACUGUGAUUGCGAAAACUGUUUACGAAGCAUAUUGCAAGGUUUGAUUUCAAAAUUCAUCGAGAACUGAGUUUUAAAGAUAUAUUAUUAUUGUUAUUACAAAUAAAAAAAAAAGUGUACAUGUUCCCAGAGUAAUCACGUAAUUGCCUAAAAACGAGAUUUGAAAGCAUACCUUAAAUAUAUUAACAUAAUAGAAACAAUCUUAUUUGUUAUGCAUUAUUGAUUUUUGUUUAGACAUACAAUUAAUCAUUAUAUACAUAAUUCGCUGACAUUGCGGUGUGAAACAUAGAGAUUCUUUGGUAAAAGCAAAUUAAAUUUUUCGUAUCUUCAAUUACAAAACAUUGUUCAUCUUAUUAUAGUAUUUCUUUCGUUUCUAUUUCACGAAACCAAUCUUAUAUUCAAAUUAUAUUUACAAACACAAAGGUUAAAAUUAAUUCUAUAAUAGGGUCAACCUAUUUGGUACACAAUAUAUUAUAAUUUUACUGGGACGAUAAUUUAAAUUUGAAUUUUUAAGUAUCUAUCGUAUUCGACGUUUUUAUCCCAGGUCCUUCUAAGAAUUGUCCAAUAGAAUAUAGAGAUUUCUAGUCGUGUCAGCUUAACUGUCUCCCAUAACUGCUUUCAUUGCAUGAGCUCUGACUGUUGCAUUCAUCUCUCAAAAACGAACGAAGUAAAUACUACUCCAAUGAUAUCACGAAUGUGUUCAACAAUAAAUCAUAUUUGGUUAAUGUUACUUUUACGUUUAACAAUAAUAUCGAGAACUAUUCAAAUCAAUCCAAAUAAAAUAAUCACACGGUAGACAAUUUUCGCAGCGCAGCACUUUUACUUUAAUCGUACGAGGGAUGAAAGGAACAUUGGUAUUUCGUGUCGACCGAAAUCCGUGGAAUAUCAGAAGAACAUUCGAAGCGAGGACGAAUCAGGUACAUCAGGUGAUCACAGUUCCUAUUUUGCUCGCUGCAAAUUUAUUGUAAGUCAGUGCGUAUUAUGUAUAAUUAAUAAAAAAAAAAAGAA